UACAUACAUAUAAAUGUUAACACGUGGUAUCUAGUACUCGGCUAUUCUCGACUUUUGUCGUAGCGAUGAAUAACUGAAAAUUAACAGUUAGAUAAAAUAAUUUGCAUCUAUCGAGAGGAUGUUUUGAGUCAUUUAUGUUUAUUUAUUAUUGUUGAAAUUUCGAUUCUGUUUGAUGUAGAUGUGAAAGUUUGAUGAUUCGUGUGUGACGGUUUUAUUUGAAAUUUCAUCUGUCAAUGAAUCAUGUGUAUGCGACGUGUUAAAUGUAAUUCGUCCUUUUACUAAAACACAGGUGUUCAUGUACAAUUUUUUUAGAUUAAUUCAAUUAUCAUGAAUGUUCCGUUUUUUGCAUUUGUUGACAAACGUGAAGUUACUGUAAGCAUAGAAUAUGUCGCAAUACGAGGAUGCAAUCAUCGAAGAUAAAGGGAGCAAUGAUAUUAGUGCAACGGACGCUGGAAUUCGUCAUAGAAUUCCAUGGAGUGAUCGUGUGUCAUUAAAUAGUGAAGUACCAGGUUUACAUGAAGUCAAAGAAUUAUUGGAUGACGACGACGUAAGUUGCUUAGCAGAAGAAGAAGAUGGAGUUGGUUGUCCAUUACCAUCAACUCCGGAAGAUGAUCAUCUUUUGGAUUGUGAGAUGACAGAGGUUCUGAAAGCUGGUGUACUGAGUGAUGAAAUUGACUUAGGUGCAUUGGCACACAAUGCUGCUGAGCAGGCAGAAGAAUUUGUUCGUAAGGUGUGGGAAGCUUCAUGGAAACAAUGUCACUUCAGAAACCUUCCAAGAUGGCUACAAGAUAAUGAUUUCUUACAUGCUGGUCAUAGACCACCUUUACCCUCAUUUUAUGCCUGUUUUAAAAGUAUAUUUCGAAUUCAUACAGAAACUGGAAAUAUCUGGACUCAUCUACUUGGGUGUGUGGCAUUUAUUGGCAUAGCUAUAUUUUUCAUAACACAACCUCCUAUAGAGAUACAACUGGAAGAAAAAUUGGUAUUUGGUACCUUCUUUGCCGGUGCUAUAAUAUGCUUGGGAAUGUCAUUUGCUUUUCACACAGUACACUGCCAUAGCGAAUGUGUUGGAAAGUUGUUUUCAAAAUUAGAUUAUUGUGGAAUAGCUAUGCUAAUUAUGGGUAGUUUUGUACCAUGGCUUUACUACGGUUUUUACUGUGAUUAUCAACCUAAACUCAUUUACUUGUCCGUGGUUGUAAUACUUGGUGUAACGAGUAUAGUUGUGUCACUUUGGGAACGAUUUGGUGAACCAAGUUACAGGCCACUGAGAGCAGGAGUUUUUAUGGGAUUUGGGCUUAGCGGGGUAGUACCAGCAGUUCAUUAUGCUAUUGCAGAGGGCUGGUUUAAAGCAAUUAGUCAAGCAUCUCUUGGCUGGUUAAUAUUAAUGGGUUGUCUAUACAUCUUAGGUGCGAUGUUUUAUGCAUUAAGGGUACCUGAACGAUUUUUCCCUGGCAAAUUUGAUAUUUGGUUUCAGAGUCAUCAAAUUUUCCAUGUAUUGGUAAUUGCAGCUGCUUUUGUCCAUUACCAUGGAAUAACUGAAAUGGCUAUGUAUAGAAUGACAAUAGGGGACUGUACAAAUCCAUCGCAGGUGAUAGCUUUUUAAUUGUGCAUUGAGCAUAUUGAAAAAAUUCCUAAGUCUUUGUAUGUCAGUAAAUCUGUACUAUUUGAAGAACUGCUGGAAACAAUAUCGUGAAUGCUAUAAAACUUCUUAUACUUUAUUAUAACUGAAAGAAUUGGAAAGAGAUUUACAGAGAUUAAAUGAAGAGCAAUAAAGCACUACUACAUGUGAUAAUGAAGAUUGCUAAAAUAAAUUUGGAAAAUUUAAUUAGAGACUCCAUAUGCUUCGGUAAAUUGAAAUUUUUGAAUGAAAGUUAACUUUGUAUCCAUUGACAAGCACAACAUUUUAAAUGUAUCACAUUUACCAAAAACUUCCGCAGUACAAAUUAAUAAGUAACAUAACUAUUUACACUUGUUGUUUCUUGCUUCACUUAAAUAAUUUAUUUAAACAUUAUAAGUAAUUUAUUUAGUAAUUUGCAAAUGUGUUUAAACACAAAAAGGAUAUGCAACGUGAAAACAAUCUGAUUCUGUUAUCUUAUAAAUAACUCAUCUCUUGUUUCGUGCAGUUCUCUUGUUAAAAAGAAAUUAAAUAAAAUUAUAAAUACGAAACAGAGUACAGAGAUAUAUGGCAACGAACAAAGCUUAAUUAUAUUAAGAUUUGGGAACUAAUUAUAAAUUAUAAAUGAUUUUAUAGCGUAAGCACUAUAAAAGUUGUAAUAUAUCUUGAACACAAACAUUGUUAAGCAAUGAAAACUGUUUAUUAUUAUGGGAACUAUAAAGAAAUUUUAAUUCUUUUUGGGUCACAUUUGUGAAAAAAUAAGGAUAUGCAGUAACACUGGUUUUCCAGUCCGUAUAUAUUUAAAAGUUAAGUAGUAUUAAUUUUGCACUGCAACUGUUUAUAUUAAAUAGUGAUUUCCAUUAUAUAAUAUUAGUAACUUAAUUUUUCCGUUUUUGUUAAGUAGUUACAAUUACCUUUUUUUGUUCUACAUUAACAUGUAUUUAUCGUGAACACACAAUUUUCGUUGCAAUUCUGUUGUUUUUUAAUAUAAAAAAAAAGAUGUUGAAUAUUUCUGUUAUUAUGUAGGAUCUAGUACUUCUAGAGAGAUAUUGUUGAACUUUUUACAUAAAUAAUUCUGAACAUUGGUAAAUUAAUAAAGAAGGAAAUUAUGCAUUUUGUAUGUAAAAAUACAAUGAUCCUACUUUAUGUAAUUUCCCAAAAUAUAUUUUUCUAAACAAAUAUUGUAGUAUCAUUUUGUGGAUUUAAUUAUACUAGAGACAUCAUUAUCUAGUGUAAUCAACGACAAUCGGAAUAUCUACAAGAGAAAUUAGAAUUUCAUAGUACCUUAUGGCAACUUAAUAAAGUAUAAAUAAUCUUUGAUAUCGAAAGAAUCAUUAUCCACAGUUGCAUACAAUGUAAGCGAAACUUGACUUUAUCUUACAAAAUGAUAAAAUAAUGUUCAAGUUUAUUUCAGUGAUAUAAAAAUUAUUUUUUAUCGGUAGAUUAAAACCCUUGUAUUAAAUAGUCAAAUUUGUAUUUUAUUAAUUCUUUUUAUUUAUCAUCAUCGAAAUCUAUGACAAUUCUUAUUUUUUUUCUCUGUACCUAAUUUAAUUUAAAAAAUAAUUCCGGUGGUUGUCUGUACUUUAUAUAUAAAGAAAACACUUUUAUACAAAAUGUUUGUAUAUCAGUCUGUACAUGUUAUUAAAAACUAUCUUUACAAAAAUAGUCGCAACAUUAAUGUCCAAACAUUGAUUAUAUUCAUAGCUAUAAUACCGAUUGUUUAAGUAUAUCGUUUAGCGUAAAUAACAAUUUAAAUUAUAUUCCUUUAUAAGUUACACAUGUACAUUACUACAGGGGGUGAGUCAUGAAAA